AUGAAUCUAAUCCUCACAAAUUCACAAAGACUCAAUAAUGUCAAAGCCGAGAUUCGCCCUUGCAAGCCAAAAGUGGAUGACCUAAAAAUCAGAGUACCCUGGGGAUACGUGCCAGAUUUGUCCGAUAAAUACUAUCGACGGGAUCAAAACGACGAAAGUGAGAAAAGCGCGAUCAAGGAGAAUUUGAAGAAAGAUGAGAUUUUGGAUCAAAAUGACGAAAGUGGCAAAAGCGAGACAAAGGAGAAUUCUGCGAAAGAUCAGAUUUUUCACGGGAUUUCUAAAGGGAACUUCUCCGAUAUAAUAUCAGCAAAGCUUUACUAUCCAUACGUCGAUUGGAAUCAAAACAAAGAAAUUUCCGGGGAAAUUGAAAAAGAUACGAAGAAUUGGCUCCGUGUUGCUAUAAAAAGAUACAAAAUCGAUGCUCUCGAAAAGACUUUUGAUGGUUUUACCCGUUUGAGAAGAGAGAUACAAAUUUGCCGCUUUCAAAGACACGAAAAUAUCGUUACCUUUUACGAGGCUUUUCCCGAGAAAAUCAAAUUGGAGAAUGAAGGAGGAAAGGAGAAACUUGAAGCCAUUUGGCUCGUCUCCGAGCGAAUGGAUCACACACUGGAAAAAUACUAUGAACAUCGCAAAGCAAAUGCUGUAAAAAAUGUCGACAUCAGACAUUUGGGAGCACUGCUCACUCAACUAUUGCGAGCAUUAGACUAUCUGCAUCAACGAGGAAUCAUGCACAGAGACGUCACACCAAGGAACAUUGGGAUGAAUCAAAUAGAUUUCCAGAUAAAAUUACUCGAUUUCGGCCUAUCAAGAGAAAUCAAUCCAAAUCUUGAUCAUUCAACCAACGUUGAGACUCCAUUUAUCUACAAACCAAUCGAAGUUCUGAUGAAGGCACGGUAUAAUACAAAAGUUGAUAUUUGGGCCACGGCAUUGGUCGCUCUCGAGAUGUUUGAUUUAAAGCUUUUCAUGCCAACUGGUGAUGAUAAAACUAUUGAGAUGAAGAUCCGAAAACGAGGAGCUGAAAAUGUAGUAAAAGAUCAAAUCUUUCAAGUUCUCGGUGUGCCCCCUGAUCAAUACAAAUCAGCGUUUGAUCGGCCAGUGCCUGAAAGCCCUUGCGAAGAGAAGCUGACAUCGAUUCUCGAAGAUUACUGCAAAACGAAAAACUUAAACACUGUUGGACCAUUGACAGGCGAAGAUUUUCGAGACUUGAUCAAAAUGAUGCUCGAGCCUGAUAUGAUGAAAAGGCCGACAGCGGAUGAUUGUUUAAAGCACGGAUUCUUAAGGAUAUUGAACAUCAAAUAUCAGCAACGCUCGCUGAAUAGCCAGCCACGAAGCGAUGAAGAUAUGAGAAAAAGAAAUGACAAAGAUCGAACGGUUUUGGAAAAGGAAUUUGAAGCUGGAUUCACAAAACUCUCAUUUCAAGUCGAUUUGGAAAAUGAGAAGACU